AUGACCAAAGUCAAUGCCGGCCCGGCCGAGAUUGAGAAAACACCCGUUUAUGAUGGCCAUGGAACCGAUGAAGAUCCAUUUGUUGUGGAGUUUCAAAAAGAUGAUCCAGGCAAUCCCAUGAAUUGGGGCUCAUUCAGAAAGUGGAUUAUCACAUUUGUUGCGACCAUCUCGGUUUUUGCUAUCACUCUGACCUCCUCCGCAUACUCCGUCUCCGCCAACGAGGUCAUCCAAGACUUCGACAUUAGCUCUGAAGUCUUCACUCUCGGUCUUUCUCUUUUCGUCCUAGGGUUUGCUAUCGGUCCUACUAUAUGGGGCCCUCUAUCUGAACUGUACGGCAGACAGAAACUGUGGAUCAUUACCCACGUCGCCAUGGUAGCCUUCCUCGGGGGAUCAGCUGGGACUCAACGUGGACUCGCCCUCACCGUUUACUGCGUUGCACCGUUCCUUGGUCCCGUCCUUGGCCCGGUCAUGGGAGGCUUUAUCUCCGAAAAUAUUGGCUGGAGGUGGGUGCAAGGCGUGUGCACCAUCUUCAUCGGGAUUGUCGGCAUCCUUGGAGUCAUCUCUAUUCCCGAGACUUACGGCCCGGUUCUGCUACAACAAAGGGCUAGUCGUUUGUCUAAGGCGGAUGGAAAAUUUUACAUUAGUGUUCUUGAGAAGAGCCAGGGUAAAAAGAAGCCAUCUGAGGUCUUCCAGCGAGCCCUGUUUCGUCCCUGGGUCUUUCUCUUCCUUGAGCCAAUCGUCUUGAUCGCUUCGGUCUACAUGGCAAUCAUCUAUGGUACAGUUUACAUGUUCAUGGGAGCUAUGCCAAUUGUUUAUAACGAAGACCGUGGCUGGAGCGAGGGAAUUGGGGGACUUUCAUUCCUUGGUAUUGCCGUUGGCAUUGUGUUUGGUCUUAUCUAUGCGAUCUGGGACAACAACACCCGGUAUAUGAAACUGGUCCUCGCGAAAAGCACAACUGCCGAAUCCCGACUACCACCUGCUAUCGUUGGUGCAGUCGCUCUCCCGACCGGAAUGUUUGCAUUUGCAUGGACCAAUUACCCCAGUAUGCAUUGGUCAGUAGCUAUCAUCCUAUCUACACCUUUCGGCUUCGGAUGUGUUCUUGUUCUACUGCCAAUCAUGAACUACUUGAUCGACUCCUAUACAAUCUACGCGGCUUCAGUCUUGGCCGCGGCUGCUAUUUUCCGUUCGGUCAUUGGUGCUGUGUUUCCUCUGUUCACGACACAGAUGUAUCACAAUCUGGGUAUUCACUGGGCGUCUAGCAUCCCGGCCUUCAUGACACUGGUAUGCAUGCCGUUCCCGCUGGUCAUGUAUCGGUACGGUAUGCAAGUGCGUAUGAAGUGCAAGUACUCGUUUGAAGCGGCAGAGACCAUGAAAAAGAUACAGAUGCAGCAGGCCCAGGCCAGACAAGCAAAGUAG